CGGGGUGAGGGGGGCGUGGCCCUCCUUGGGCCCGCCCCCGCCUCCGUGACCCGGCGCGGUGCUUAUAGCGGGCGGCUCGGCGCGGCGUGCGGAGCGAGCGGAGAUGGCGGCGGCGGGGCCAUGCGGGUUCUUGGCGCUGCUACUCCUCGGCGGGCUGGUGGCCGGUGCCGCGGGGACAAGUCCCGACAUCAAAGGUCACGUAACGGAGGUUUCGGGCAAGCUGGUCCUGGCCUGCAACAUGACUGCACCGCACCCCGCCAUCGGCGGCCACGAGUGGCUGCGCGGGGACAAGGUCCUGCAGACGGACGCGGACUCGAGCGCUUUCACCACUUACACAAUCGAAGGGAAGAAGGAAGAGCAUUCUGGCGUCUAUGAAUGUGUCUACAAAACAAGCCCGGUGAUAAAAGGACAAGUGAAUAUUUCAGUUCCACCCCAGGUGAUGGCAUACAAGAAGUCCGAGCAUGGGAACGAGGGGGACACGGGCGUGCUGACCUGCAAGAACCCCUCUUUUCCCCCCGUCAACUCUUGGACCUGGUACAAAAAUGGUCAGGAGCCCAUCAUCAAUGGUUCUGGUCGAUACAUCAUCAAGUCCAGCGGCAACAAGACAGAACUGCGGAUCCUUAAACUGAGCAUUGAGGAGGAUACAGGCGACUACCACUGCAACGCCACCAACUCCGACGGCUUCGGUGGCGCCAUGGUGAACCUGCGCGUUCGCAGUCGCCUGGCAGCGCUCUGGCCCUUCCUGGGCAUUGUGGCAGAAGUCCUCAUUCUUGUCACCAUCAUCUUCAUCUACGAGAAGAGGAGGAAGCCAGAUGAGGUUCUUGAUGAUGACGAUGGAGGUUCUGCACCGCUGAAAAGCAAUGCCACGAACCACAAGGACAAGAAUGUCCGCCAGAGAAAUGCGAACUAAGAGCGGGGCCAGGUGACGUGUAGAUGAAGAACUCAUCUGUACAAUUUUAUUUUCUUCUAAUUUUUUUGGUAAAAUAGCACCGUGAAAUAUCUUAGUGCGUCCUUGCGAUUCAGUUACUUCACUUUCUAAAGAAACUUAAGUUGUAGAGUCUAAAAUACACUUUUUUUUUAAGAGUUGUGGGAGGGUUUUUCUACCUGUAAAUGUAAAUCCCUUGUUUCUGGUAGUGUAGGUCUGUCUGUCCUGGGUUUCUCCAUGCUGUGCAGAGGGGUGGGUGCGAGCGCAAGAGAGUCCUCCCUCCCCUCUGGGGAGAGCUCAGAACUGCCCUCCCUGCCCCACCGCGCCGGGGCUGACACGGGAUAAACACGAGAGCUGUGAACUCGGUUCAGGGGCUGUUGUGUCUCCUCAAGCUGCUGCAGUGGGGUCAGGGCAGAGCGAGCGGUGCUGGGGGCAGCUGAACAAUGUGUGUUCUUGUGCUGGAGCCGUCGUGAUCUUGCUGUGACGUGGGCGCCCGAGAGCAGACAGAUGCUCAGUGGAGUCUAAUACCUUUAUUGCCGGGUAGCGUUGAACUGUUCCAUCUGUUAACACACUUCACCAAUAAAGAUGAUUCCUCUCUCUUUUUUUUUUCCA